AUGCCGUUUCCCGAGUUUUCGGUCGACGAAUCCGCCAUCGACUCCAAGAACCUACCACCAGCGCCGUCCAACCGCAGCGGCUCUCCGACACAGGAAUAUAUCGCGCAGGAAGUCUCACAGUAUCCCGUCCAAGGGGCCGAAAACCAUGUCGAAUAUAUCCUGGUUGCAUCCUUCGACAUCGACCGCGGAUCCGUCAUGGAACAUCAAUUUCCGGGGCCGAUAAGUGGGGACGAGCAUAUGCUCGCGGAGCUGAUGUUGCCCGACCAGGCGCAUAUGCGGAAUCAGGACUGGACGAUCUUUUUCCUGCAUAAAGAUACCACUGCCGAGGAAGAGGCAAGGGCGGAGAGGAGACAGAGGAGGGAGCUGAGACAACAACAGAAGGCGAACGCGGAGAACAGCGAGCAGCUGGACCCGAUCGCGCGUGCCGGAGUUGAACUAGAACGGAACGAGGACACUGAUGAGGAGUAUGACUCGGAGUUGGAUAAUGAUCCAGAAGACGAUUCCGAAAAUCCUCCAUUGAUAUAUGUGCUUAAUUUGGUGAAUAUGAAGCAGGAUAAUACCGUGAAAAGAGGAGCUAUUGUAAAGGCGAUGGCGAUAUGUACAAGACAUCCAUUCCUACACAUCUACAAACCACUACUUCUCCUUGCCCUAGAUGAGUACUUUAAGGCCCCUGUCCCGGAGACAUUGGCGUCUCUCUACAAUGCCGUCAACUCGAUGGACUUGUCACUAAUGCCUCGUUUAAACCCACUCGAGCGGCACAUCCUGCAAGCAAGCGAUGCUAAAGACAUGUUCAUCGAAAAGUUCGAUAUAAUGAUCCAGCAACGGAUGAUCGAAGACGCGAAACACGAGUCCAUGACCUCCAACUCUUCCGAUGCUUCCGCCCCUGCUCCUGCCCAACGACGAUAUGCCCUCCCACGAGAUACCCACGAAUUCGAUUCUCGCGUCCUAUACAACGGCGUUCCCGUUCCCGUCAAAGUCCCUGCUGCUAUCUCGCCGGAGACCGUCGGCGACUUCUCACUGAUCAAACUGAUCCAAACCUUCUCCGCUCCACAUGCCACAUCUCCGCAGCCGUUCGCAUUGCAUGCACAUCUCACUACCUCCGGUGCAUAUACCCACCCGAUCAUCGUCCUCGUAAACGCCCUCCUCACCCAGAAACGCAUUAUCUUCCUCGGUCACAACCAACCCUCUGGCAGCGUUGCAGAAGCGGUCCUGGCAUCCUGCGCAUUAGCAUCAGGCGGCGUCCUCCGUGGCUUUACACGACAUGCUUUCCCCUACACCGAUCUCACCAAGAUCGACGAUUUGCUGAAAGUCCCUGGUUUUAUCGCCGGUGUCACCAAUCCCGCCUUCGCACACAAGCCCGAAUGGUGGGAUCUCCUCUGUGAUCUCCCCACCGGGCGUAUGAAGAUCUCCCCGAAACUCGAGCCCGCACCCAUCACCGAAGGCCUUGUGUCCUUUCAGCAAAUGGGCCAUGCUCCUCCCUCUCACCACGGCUACUCCCACCACCACGCCCCCUCCUCUAUGAACUCCUUCUCCGCCGCCGUCGGCGCCGGCAUCUCCGCCGCCACCAACGCUGCGAACUCCUCGUCCCCUCCCUCGUCCAUCACCCUCCAAAACGACCCCACCGGCGACCACGCCUUCAUGGACGCCAUCUCCCACGCCAUCACCAACCGCCUCGGCGAAUCCGCCAUCCGCUCCCGCUGGCGCGCCUGGGUCUCCCGCUUCACCCGUGUCGCCGCCGCCUUCGAGACCACCGUCUUCGGCGCGUCCGCGCUCGCCCCCGGCGCCGCGGAAAUUGACGCCGAUGCGCUGGGAUUCGGCGUGCGGGGCCACGGCGUGGUCUGGCCGGACGAGAUGGCGAAGGUGAGGGAUUUGGCGGCGAACGCGUCAAGGAUUGAGGGGUGGAGAGGGACGAGGACGUAUUUUACGUAUUUGCAGGAUAUGGCGAAGUGGUGGGGACGGGGUGCGGGGAGGCCGGGGGUUGGGUUACGGGGCAUUGAUUUGAGAUACCAGUGUGAUCGAUUGCGGACGUUGAGGCUGGGGUAUGAUCAGAGCGCUUUCGUGUAUAAGGCAAUUGCGAGAACGGUAGAGAUGGCAGGAUUGGAAGGCGGGCCUUCGGCCGAUGAUGGAGAGAAGCUGGAUCCCACGGACGAAGACCAAACGGACGACGCGGCCAUUGAGCUCGAGCUCCAUCGCGAAGAAGUGCGGUACGAUGUCAUCAAUCAGAUCUUACUCUCGAUGCCCGAGUCACAGGGCGGGCUAUUCUAUCUCGGUCUCGGGCUGUUUCAUCCACGGCCUGACGUCCGGGUGGCAGUGGUUGGGUUGCUGGAGAGGAUCGCGGAACAUCCGGCUGGACGACACUUCUGGGCGAAUUUGGGACGGUUUGCGAAGCUCGCGUUCUUUCGGGUUAAGAGGGAGUUGGAAGCACAGACGAAGGCGUGA